AUGGUCGGCAAAGCUGCUGCAACGGGCCUGGCCCUCAUCUCGGUGGCCUCGGCCGCAAAGCAGUGCCUCAACCAGACGGUUCCGGUCGACAUCGAGUCCCGCAAUGCCGUCUUCGACACCAACACGAUCCCUCACAGCAACAUCGACGUCACGUGGUUCAUCCAGAACAUGACCCGUCAAGGGCACAACUUCACUGACGAGGCCCUGACCGGAUACAACACCAUCAGAGGGACCUACAAUCUCAGCACGCAGUACUGCUGGGACGACCAGACCACCUCGGACAAGCCAACUUUGCAGAUCCUGACCCACGGCAUUGGCUUUGACAAGACCUACUGGGACCUUUCUUUCCACGACUUCAAUUACUCUUACGUCAAUGCCGCGCUAGAUGCUGGCUUCGCCACCCUCAGCUACGACCGACUGGGCAUUGGCCAGUCGCAGCAUGGCGACCCGCUCAACGAAAUCCAGACCAACAUUGAGGUUGCCGCCCUGCGCGCCCUGACCGAGCAGGUGCGAAACGGCAGCUUCCCGAACGUCAACACAACCUACGACAGCGUCGUGCACGUCGGCCAUUCGUACGGCAGCAUCCAGUCGUACAUCUUGGCCGCCCGCUACCCCAGUCUUACCAAUGGUCUCGUCCUGACCGGCUUCGCCCUCAACUCAAGCUUCAACGCCUUCUUCCUCGCCGGCGGCAAUUUCCAGCAGGCUUCCAUCAACGCGCCCCUGCGCUUCGGCUCCCCCAGCCUUGCCGCCACGGUCGAGGACUUCCUGUUUGAAUCCAGCCCGCUGUACGACUGGGUAUCGCCCAUCGAUUUGACCGCCCUGCCGGCACCGCAAGACCUGCCCGACGGAUACAUCACUCCUGCGAACUCGGGCGCCAAUCAGUACCAAUUCUUGCUGCCGCCCUUCUUCGACGUCGACAUUCUGGCCCUUGCCGAGAGAACCAAGCAGCCAGUGGCCGUAGGCGAGCUCCUGACCCUCGCAAGCGCCCCGGCCCAGAAUAACUUUGAUGGCCCAGUGCUCGUCUUCACGGGUGACGCCGAUCUUCCCUUCUGCGGAGGAGACUGCCUAGAGACGGGCGGCGCCGCCCCGUCCAUCCCCGCCCAGGUCCAGCGGUCCUUCCCCAACGUCGCGUCAGAGGACUUCUUAGCCUACAUCCAGCCGAACACUGGGCAUGGUCUGACAACGCAUUACAACGCGACUGCCGGCUACCAUGUCAUUUCCGAUUGGCUGCGUGAUCACGGCUUCUAA